CCCACCUCUCUACCUCCCUCCUUCCCUCGCUGCUGCCGCCGGAGCGGAACCGAAAGCGAAGGCGGCUCCGGGGGCCGGGGAAGCUCCGGGGGCCGUUCCCUCCCACCGGCGGAGCGGCGCGACCCGCCAGGCUCAGGAGUCUGACUUUUGCACAGAAGGCUGUAAGGAACACAGGGGAAGGCAGAAGACUGGCAAUGAUGAGCUGUGGGAGGAGGCAGUGAGCUGGUGGGGCUGAUCCUACACCUCUGCUUGGAACAUCUCCCCGUCUCAGCGUGGCCGGGAUGAGGCCGUGGGUCACGCCAUGCCAUCAUGCAUCCCCGGCAGCUCGCCCGCCCCGUGGCCCCUCUGUCGCGAUAGAAGCUGCGGCCGCCGAGCACCCGGGGAGCCGCGGGUCCUCCCCCCGCCGCUGAGCCCCCGCCUCCCCGCCAUGGCCUCGCUCAUCGUGGUGACCGAGUACGACGCGACGGGGAGCGCGGGCGACGAGGAGAUGAACGCACCCGGCGAGGAAGGGUUUGGGGACGGCCGGGAACCGAGGGCGAAGCUGCAUUUCUCGGGACGAAAGCUCUCCCUGCAGGAGCGGCCGCAGCCGCCCCGCUCGCCCGGGGAUGGCACCAACGAGCGCUUCAUUUAUCCCUCCCUCCCCUACUCCCCGGUCACCUCCCCGCACUCCUCCCCGCGACUGCCGCGGCGGCCGACGGUGGAGUCGAACCGCGUGUCCAUCACGGGGCUCCAGGACUGUGUGCAGCUCAACCAGUACAAGCUGAAGGAUGAGAUUGGGAAGGGUUCCUACGGGGUGGUGAAACUGGCCUACAAUGAGGAUGAUAACACCUACUAUGCAAUGAAAGUUCUCUCCAAAAAGAAGCUGAUGAGGCAGGCAGGCUUCCCCCGUCGCCCACCACCCCGUGGGGCCAAAGCUGCCUCUGAGGGCUGCCUGCAGCCCAAAGGGCCCAUUGAACAGGUCUACCAGGAGAUUGCCAUCCUGAAGAAGCUGGACCACCCCAAUGUGGUGAAGCUGGUGGAGGUCCUGGAUGACCCCAGCGAGGAUCACCUGUACAUGGUGUUUGAGCUGGUGAAGCAAGGCCCUGUGAUGGAAAUCCCAACCCUGAAACCUCUCAGUGAGGACCAGGCUCGGUUCUACUUCCAGGAUCUGAUCAAGGGCAUUGAGUACUUGCACUAUCAAAAAAUAAUCCAUCGGGACAUCAAACCUUCCAACCUCCUCGUUGGGGAAGAUGGGCACGUCAAGAUUGCUGACUUUGGAGUGAGCAAUGAGUUCAAGGGAGCUGAUGCCCUCUUAACCAACACAGUGGGCACCCCUGCCUUCAUGGCCCCGGAGACACUCUCAGAAACCAGGAAAAUCUUCUCUGGAAAGGCAUUGGAUGUCUGGGCCAUGGGGAUCACCCUCUACUGCUUUGUGUUUGGGCAGUGCCCUUUUAUGGAUGAAAGGAUCCUGAGUUUACACAAUAAAAUCAAGACCCAAACACUGGAGUUCCCAGAUCAGCCAGAAGUUACAGACUUCUUGAAGGAUUUGAUCACACGGAUGCUGGAUAAAAACCCUGAAUCUAGGAUUUCUGUCCCAGAAAUCAAGGAAAGUACUGUGCAACAGCCUUUCGUAGGAGAUUUCUGGUCCUCUGCCCCUGCGAGAGCCUGGAAGGGGCAAGAAGCUGAGAAAAUGGAGACUAAGUUGCACCCUUGGGUCACCAAGAACGGAGUGGAGCUGCUGCCCACGGAGGAUGAGAACUGCACCCUCGUUGAGGUGACAGAGGAGGAGGUGGAGAAUUCAGUCAAGCACAUCCCCAGCCUGGCCACAGUGAUCCUGGUUAAAACGAUGAUCCGGAAGAGAUCCUUUGGGAAUCCCUUUGAAGGGAGCAGGAGGGAGGAGCGGUCGCUGUCUGCCCCUGGGAAUCUGCUCCCGAAACAAGGCAGUGAAGAUAAUCUGAAAUGCAACGAUUUGCCUAACGUGGGAGAGGAGGAACUGAUUUCAUGAACAUCAACUUUAUAGUUCUGUUGAGCUACUCAGUCCAGGGCACAUUAUCAAAGUGUGCAGCUGAGGAGGGGUGACAUCAACAGAGCCUACACCAAACACAGCAUGACGUGGCACUCUCUCAGUAUAAUGCUGGAUGCAGAGCUUACACAGCAGCAUGUUUUAAGACAUCCAACUACUUGCCAUAAACAUUGAACAUCUCUGGUCACUCAGACCAUUGACUUCUUGUGGGAAAGGUGCUGGCUCAUAGCAGAGAGGUGAGCAGUUGAGCAGUGACAAGUGCUUUGCAAAAAAAAAAAAAGAACAAACACAAAAAAACAGUCAAACAACAAUGCAUUUGAAACUGCUUUUACCUGGUUUUAAUGCCAAAUAAUUUCCGGGGACCAACACCUGCAUCCCAGGGGUGUUGGGUGCCCGUCGUGGAGUUGGUGAGCACAUGCAGGAGGGUGAAGGUGACAGGAAAACUCCGUGUGUGCACUUUGGAGAGUCCACCACCCACUGGAAACGUUGCAUCUGUUUCUCGUCGUUCUGAUUUGGUUUUAACUGAAACCUUUUUAUCUGCAUGGGAACAAAGCAAAAAGCCACCUUUUCAGCUUUUUAAAGAAUGCCUACCUUUGUGAGCCAAGUUGUACUCAACAGCAUCUUCUGGACAUUCAGAAAGUGAGGUUAAUUACCUUCUGAGGUAAUUAACACCUUUCCUAAGGUCUUGGUGUGAGGAGGGCUUGGUAAGCUGAAUAUUCAGUGCAUGAAAGGUUAAGGUAUUUAAGGGCUUAAGUUCAGUCUGAACUAUUUUUGCUGCAGACACAGGAGUGGAAGGUGGUGUUUAGCUGAAUUUGUUUUGAAUAGCAGAGGAAGCACUAACAACAGUUUGUUUCUAAAUCUUUUACUUGAUCUAGGUAGAUAUAUUAUGAAAUAUAAAAUUCAGGGUAAAAUCCUUCACUUCCAUGUACAUUACAUGGUUUACUACAAUUAAAAUAAUACGACUUAUGCUAUUUUAUAAGUAUAGAUUUAGGGCUUGCUUAGAACUUAAGAUCUUAAGGAAAUACUUAGAUUAGCUAGUAAUUUGCAAAGAAACUUUUGUUUUCCAAACUCUUAAUUUGGAUCUUGGGGCCAAUGCUAUGUAUUUUUUGCAAGUUUCAUUACCAGUAAUUUGUGAAUGCCUGUGGAUCAGAGGCUUGUUAGUAAAAUAAGUGUAUACUUAAUUCAUAGAUUGUUUCUUAAGAAGAGCUCUUUCACCUUCAGUCAGAUUACUCUGAUUAUUUUGUGGUGCUUGUAAAAAAAUAAUAAUCUAUUGUGUGGUGGGAGAGACUCUGACACCCAAACUCACUUCCCCAAGUUCUCUGUGCUCAGUCACAGCUGGAGAAUGGCAAAAUGUGAGUGAGCUGGAGAAGAGUCAGGGUUUGCUUGGGGAAAGGGGUCGUGGUAAGUAUAGUUAUUUUGAGGACUGAGGGAUAGGAGGGAAGGUCUGACUUCUCUUCUCAGUCUGAUGUGCUUGUGUGACCUUGAAUAAGGCAUUUAACAUGAUGGUGUCCAGGACCUGAAUGUCCCAGGCAUGUAAGGGAUUGCUAAGGCAUAAUUCUUUGCCCUGAGAAGGAAGGCACUAAAAGAGAGCUGAAUAUUUUGGUUAAUGGUAAGAACUCUGCCUGCCAACCUUGGCCUUGGGUGCUCUGCCUUUGGGAAGUGUCUGUCCCCUUGUCUUCCUUGAUCUUGGGCACUGCAAACAGCAGCUCUGCUGCAGUCAGAGCUGGUGAGGAAGGGGCUUUGUUAAAGCCAGCACAGCAUUAGCAAGCGUGCAGGUGCCUACACAACCUGUCCCUUACAUCCUUUUGGUCACUUGAAGCAAUGCUCCCCCUAAAUCACAAUUUAUUCCCAUAACAUUGUGCUGCUGGCCCCUCCUCAAAGCCACGGAUGAUGGUUCCUGGGUUUGGGGCAGUACUAUGGAGUCUGGAGCCAUAAGACAUGCACUGUUUUCCUCCCAUUUUAGUCCAAGGCUAUGCCAAAGCCCUGCAGCUUCAGCUACGGGGAAAACCAAGCAGGGAACUCGGGUGCCAGCACUAUUGCAGCUGCCUGCUCCCCUUUGCUCAACAGGACCGUGUGUGCAAGCAGGCAGCUUGGUUUUCUAACCUUGUAAAUGGACUUGUUCUGCCAAAAAGGAAAAAAAAAAAAAAAGGGGGUGGGGGGAUCUGAUUAUUUAUUGCUGGUGAAUAGUACUGUGUGUGGUGUGUUCUGUUCAAGGUGAGUUGUAGUGAUGCUCUGUGCUGUGUAUCUCGGGUUUGUGGUUUGUCUGGUGCCUAGUGAGACAGUUUACAUUUACCAAACAGGUUUGCCAGGUGCACGUGCAGCUUCUAAACAGAAUAAGCUGUGCCAGCUCCUCAGUGCUCAGCCACAGAGUCACUGGGCCCCAGAUAUUACCUUAGAUCAGUGUCUUACGGCUCACAGGGUCUUGGUUUGGAAGCAUCCUAAAGCUCAGCACUUCCCCAAGGUGCUCUGCAGAACGAUUGUCUCUUAGUGCCAGCUCUGCUAAGGCUGCAGCCAAAUGGAACAUUUCUGAAAGAAACUCAAUGUAGAUUUGUUUUUUUUUCCUGGUGAUCAGUUCUGUUGAAAACAUAAAGCGUGGCUGUAUGAGGAAGAUCUAUCUAAAUGCAUGCCCUGUUAGAGAAGCUGUACUGUAUAUAUCACUGCUCAGUUCCCUAGCUGCUGUUCCUUAGUAGUAGUGCUUGCUCUCUGAUAGUGAAGUAAACAUUUUGCUUGUGCCUUGGAACUGGGCUGUAGCUUGAUUUCCCCAGCUCCCUUCCUUUCAAGCAAGCCCAGUGCUGACUGUAGGCUUAAUGCUGGGUACUAAGCCUUUUUGGCUCUGAAAGCACACAGGAAAGUGCUAAGGGGAAACCAGGUCUCUUGUCUUGGGUAGUUUUUCUUGGUGGUCCCCUCCUACCUAUCAGGCAAUCAACCUGUUUCUUUUCUAAGGUCUUGAACUAUUGCUGAUUUUUAUACUGUUUGUUUAACGACCGAGGCUUGUGUUUCAUUCCUACCCCUUUAUUAUGCAUUUAACUUUAUCAGGUGUAUCAAGUUUAAAUACUAUGUAUUUACCACUUUUAAAUUAUAUUACUUAAGGAUUAAAAAAAAACCAAACAAAUCAAGAAACCCUUGUGUUUUUCCACACAGCUGUUCAAGCUUCUCUGUACAAGUUGAAAUAAAUGACAUGCAACCAAAGCCAGA